AUGCCUCAGGCCAAGAAAGGAAAGGCGGACGUGGAAGCGACGGAAGCCAAGGAAGAGGAUGUCCCCGAGGCCUUCGGGGUCGCCGUGGGGCAUUGUGGGGCAUUCGGGGAAAGGAAAGUGGUCCCUGGCGACAGCGGCGACAGCUCCCAGGAUCUUGCUCCAGAUGCUGAGCUCAAGAGGAUGAAGGAGUUGCUGGGCGAUGAGAUUGAGGCUGGAUUCCAGACUGCAUCAAGCGAAGCCAAAGGCAAAACCGAAGGCUUUUGCAGCUAUAUUUGUCAGUUUUGGGACAUGCAUGGACAUGCUGGUUCAUCAUUUGAAGAGGUGCAUUUGAAGGGUUUUCUUGCCAAUGGCAUGAGGCAAGUGGUUAGCGAGAUGCGAGCCAGGCAGACAGUCUUCGUGCGCAACGAAGAAGAAGUGGUUGAGGUGGCAUGCAGGCCAAGAUCUGUGUCCGACUUCUGUGUGAGGUAUGAAUAUGUCCAACGCAAAGCAUCGGAGGAUGCUCUGGUCUCGCCUCAUGCUUACCCUACACAUUUGGAGGAUCCACAUCCACAGUUUGGCAGUCCGGUUGUCAGUCCUGUGGCGUAUCGAGACCAGUACCGUAUGCAGGACCGCCGAUUCGGCAGCCCUGUGGGAAGUCCUAUUGCUUACCAGGAUAUGGACAUGCCACAGACGCCUCAAUUCCGAGACCGACUGAACACUCAGGAUGGAGACGAGUUCCCCCAGGAGGCAACCGAGUGGUCAACAACAACAACUCCUUAUCCCUGCUAUCCUUACAUGUGGUUUCCAGUUUCUGGAGCUGACCAGCAGCACCAGGCAGAGCAGGAGCACUAUGACCAGACGGGUCAGCAACCAGUACAAACACAGCAGCAAGUGGCUGCUCCAAUGCUCUACUACUGUGUUGGAUUUGUCAAUGCCGAAUCGAUGACAACGACAACACAACCACAAGCUGAUUACGCAGGUGGCUGGCAACAGGAGAGCCCUGAGAGCUCUUAUUGGACGGGAGCAGAACCGUCUCAGCCAUCUAAAGCAAGAUCCAAGAGGAAUGAGACUCCACCAAAAGUCCUCCAGGCUGGACAAGUGCACCGUGAUGCUUCCAAAGGAUCAGAGCCUUUGGUCAAGGAUGAAGAACGCACUACGAUCAUGCUCCGGAACAUUCCCAAGGACAUUACACGGGAGAAGAUGAUGGAUCUGCUGAACACUCUAGGAUAUGCCAAGAUGUACGACUUCCUCUACUUGCCUCGUGACUUCAAGGACAAUUUUGCAAUCUACGGUUACGCCUUCGUAAACUUUGCGAAUCACGAAGAAGCAAGUAAGGCUUUAGAAUUGUUUAACGGCUUUGUGGACUGGCAGAGCACCGAGACAAAUAUCGUUCCAUGUGAGGCAGGAAGCAGCCAAGAAUGCAGCGAACACAUUGUGAACACUGUAUCACUCUACACUUGGAGAUUUCACUGA